GAUAACUGGUCCAGCUCCCACCCCAUUCCACCCCUUUCCCACGUCUAGCGCGGUGGCACGAACGGAAGAUGCAAACUGACGAGAGUGCAUAAAUAUGCCGAACCAGCGACCAAGACAACUCUUUGCCAUCACAUCUCUCGAUUCGCAAAUAAAUCGAAUGUCCAUUCCGAGGGUCAUUUGCCAUUGUCUUGCUUCAGCAAUACUACAAGAAGCUUUGAUUUCUCAUCCAGGAAUCCUGACCUGACGUUUGGAGGUUCCAUCUCAAGACUGAACACACUACGCCGGCAUUGUUUCUCCAACCAGACUGUCGGCGUCCUGGAGGUGUCACGUGUUUUGGAAGGCUGAGAUCAGGCCAGGUAUCUAAAGACAAGUAAAGACUAAACCGCCGUGUCCGUGUGGCACUGCACUACUACUAGUACUACUGCACAGUGUGCAGGUACUAGGUGAGGUCCAGGUGUGGACUUCUUGCAUAUAUGCACGCUGCCUUUCCCUGUCACCACCACCAGGUGAGAAUCGUGAUCCAGUUCGCUAGCCGCCAAAGUCUCGAGCGAGGUGUGACAGAGGGACGGUAGCACUUUUCGCCAUAGGCAAAGCACGGGUCUACCGACUUGAUUCUCAGCGAAACUGCAGUAUCCUGCCGAAGAGAGUCGGUGUGAGCAAGCAGUUCAAACAUUUUGAGUCAAGCCAAUUUCAAUUUCCAGAGGAAAAGGCUGCUAGUCUUGUAAGGAGACGCCGCACCAAACAAGGACAGGCUAAGCAGUGGUUUGCAGUCCGAGCUCACGCGGCAAUACGCUGACGAUAAGCCUUCACAGAGUCUGGACGCAGCUCGGUAAUGGCGACCAAGAGAGCUCUUGCGAAGGGUCAAGAUUGGAAACGACAACAGUCCUGCCCUGUGGUACGGAGCAGUGACAUAGAGGCUAGAAGCCAGAGCGCUGCCGGUGGUGCACCGCUACUAUUGGCAAGGAAGACUGCACAGUCAGCAAGACCUGCUGUGCCAAAGAGAACACCUUUGCCUGCACCACGGACGGAGGACUGUGUGUAUGUGCGAGAGGAUGAGGUGCACAGCCCUACAACUGGUCGUAGACUUCCAUUGUCGGGACAACAUGAUGCGGUGAAGUCAACAACACUUCCAUCCAGGGCUACGCCUGCUUCACCCGGUGGCCAACAACCAAGUGCAACAGCCAAGAAAACGCUGAAAGCUGCAGCAGAGGAAGGAAACCAUUACUAUCGUACACUGAGUCAGGAUGUUGUUGAUGAAAACGACGAUGAAGAUUACGACUACAGUCGCUUCUAUUCUGGACCAAGAGGAGCCUCUGCAAGCACUCUAGCCGGUGGGAGGAACGGAAUGGCAAACGGCCAAUCAACCUCUCCGACAUCGUCAACGUCAUCACCGUACUACAGGGUCCUGGAGGCAGGACAGAACGGACAUACGAACACCAAUGGAUGUGCCACGGGAAGCGGAGGCAGUGAUAAUGAGUAUGACUAUACGCGCUUCCCUAUGGCAAGCACGCAAGCUGCAAACUCUCAUGGCUACUCGGAGAUCCAUGCGAAGGCCGGCAGCACCAACGGGCACUCCCCUAGCCAUGCUGCCAACCGCCGUGCUGCUCCUGGCAAGGGUUCUGCUCCUAACUAUGCCUCACAUCGAUACUCUCAAAUUAUGGAUGAGAAUGGUGCACCGGCCAAUUCCUCUGAUGAGGAUUCGUCCAGCUAUACAGAUCCUAGGUCAGUGAUGGGAUCUGGGCCACCCAUGUUUGCUGCGCCAUCUCUACCUAAAAGUGCAUCAGCACCAAACUUUCAAUCACCACCCGGAAAACCUGCCCCGCGACCACAAAUUCGAAAAUCGCCGUCCUCAUCCACAACCAGUGCAUUGAGCAAUGGCUGUACAAAUGGCGGCAGGCUAUCACCGAAGCGAGCAGAAUACUCAAACGGCAGGAAGCUGUCACCCACGAGUCGUCCAUCGGUUCCACCCAGAAAACAAUCACCUCUCUCCGCACGGCACCGACCAACUGAGAGUGUAGAUGGUGAGGAGAUUUAUGAUGAGGAGUACGACUACCCCACCAUUGAACGGAAGGCGAUACCCUUCUUCAAAAGCAGACCGGUCAGUCCAAAACCAGGCAUAUAUCCACACACCUCUCCGACAUCGCCCCAUCGCCAUAGCGAAGAGGACGGUAACUAUGCCUACAAUGAACCACUGGAUUCGACCUCACCAUUUCCCGCCACGGAACAUAUCUACGACUCUGGUAUGCCGCCGAGCCGACCACGGAAAAUAUCACCCGCUCCCAAGCCCGGUGCCGCAGCCAAGAAACCCGAAGUCGGCGGACGACCAGCCUUGCCAAGCAAACCAGGAGUCAAGAAACCAGCAGCACCUCCACCAGGCCAGUCUAGACCGACCCUGAGCAAACAAGAAGAUGUCGCAGCAGGGAAUGAUGAUAGUGAUGAUGACAAUGAUGAAUACUAUGAUCCAGCGUCGUCAAUGAACAUGGCGGCGAGGGAGAAUGAGAAGAACUACAACCUGCUGGAUGGUGAACCCACUCCGUGGUAUCAUGCGACACUAAGCAGAGUUGAUGCUGACAAGUUACUGACUUCACAUCCCCGCGGUACAUACCUGUUACGUGAUGGACAGAAGCAUGAAGGGUACACGUUGUCUGUCAGCCGAGGUAGCGAGCAGACUAGACAUUUCCAAGUGCACGCUCUGGCAGACGGCACAUAUCAGCUUGGUUCGUUCGAUACCUGCCAUCAGAACAUUCACAAGCUAGUUCUAUUCUGUCAUCAGCAUGCUAUAAACUCAGCGGGAGACAAGCUGAAAACUCCGCUAGCAACACACUAAUGCUUAGCACCCGCAGCAGCAGCGGCCCGGGCCACUGCCUACUACUACUACUACUGCUAUCACUGCUGGUGCUUUGAAGCAGUGGCCGUCGUGGCUGGUAGCCACUGUGUGUGUGUGUGUGUGUGUGUGUGUGUGUGUGUGUGUGUGUGUGUGUGUGUGUGUGUGUGUGUGUGUGUGUGUGUGUGUGUGUACUUGAAUAUGCAUGUGAUAAUAGCUGUAGUCAUCACCUUGAUACAAGUAGUCACUGGAAUGUUUUAUUUUUGAAAUACCAUAAAAUAUAGAGUCGUUUGUGUAAGUUGAAAGACAAAUUUAGCGUGUCAAUAAUUAUUGAUUUUAAUUUCUGAAUUCUAUUAGUCAUCAUGUGUCUAAGAGCACUCCGCUGCAACCCCCAAUCAAUCCCAGCUCUUCUCCAUUAACAAAAUACUUUCUCAGAUAAAUACUAAGCUAACUACCGGACAGACUAAUAUUUUUGGGAACUUUUUUUUAAACAUGCUUUGUACCCCCUAGACCCUCUCUCCCCUGCACACACAUAAUUUUGCUCCCGCUCCCAGCACACACACACAUUGAGCUAAAGAGAUAAAAAAUAACCACAGCAACUAUGGUAGUGGGUGAUUAUAUUUCACUGACAUCUUACAAUUGCAGAAAGUAAUAUUGCCGUACUUAUACUCUUUAAAAUAGAAACGCACACCUGUUGUCAUGCUGCACACGUUCCGUGGAAAUAUCGCAGCUCGUUUGAUAAUCUCUGCUACAGACGAUGGUACUGCACAUGUGAUACAACAAUAUUUUGCACUAGACACACUAAAGAUACAAUAAUUUGCACAGGACGCACUAAACUAGCGUUGCUACAAAUUUUGCAAUUUCAGAAUAUGAAAAUAUGAAGAUUCUCAAGGCUAAAAGCCUUUGUGCAGUGUAUGAACAACAGCUGGUAAUAAAAAUUGCUACAGUAACAUUCGUAA